UGUUGAUUACACGCAGCAGUUUAUUUGCUUACCUCAUCUGGCAUCGCAGUGAUUCUUGUUUGUAAGGACAGGACUGGGUCUGCAGGCCCUGCAUUAACACUGUUUGAUGCAACAAAACUCUGCUGCCUUAAUGUAGACAGGAACUUCCUGCCAAAGGUAUACAGUGAAACAACUUGGCUGAUAAUGGUUCGAAGAUCUGAGAGAGUGAAACUGGGGCACACAAGGCAGGAUAUGGAUUGCAAGGACAAAGAAGCAAUGCAGAAUUUGUGUGCUGCAAAUAGGAAAAUGGAACAGUGCUGUGGGGAGCACCGACGGAGACUGGAGCUAUUCUGCCAGGAGGAUGAGUCCUUUAUCUGUGUCCUGUGUGUUCCCAAACACUCCAGCCAUGGUUUUGUGCACUUGCAUGAGGCAAUCAGUGUGUAUAAGGACAAGCUGAAAACAGCUUUAACGUCUUUAAAAUCCAAAGUGAAACAUCUUAAAUGUUUGAAAAUCAAGCAGGACAAGGAAGUCAUAGACACACAGGAAGAUGCUUUUAGUUUGGAACAGUACAUUAAACAAGAGUUUGCAAAACUGCACCAUUUUCUACAAGAUAAGGAGCAAAAAUUAAUUGAACAGCUGAGGAAUGAAGAAGCGAAUAUGCUGACAGCAAUGGAAGAAAAUCUUGAGUACAUUAAACGUGAUAUUAUUAACUCCCACGUGGAAGUGUCUAAUGGUGACUUGGAGAUCAAGAAUAAAGAAUCACCGACUCUAAAAGACACGGAAGAGAGUUCUGAGUGUAUAAAAAAUGAGGUUUUGGCCAUUCAAGAUACAUUAUUUGUAAGUAACCUGGAGCUCGUGCAACAAAAAACGGUGGGCUUACUAACAGUAUCAGAAUCAUUUGAGGAUGUUGUUGUCACUUUCUCAGAUGAGGAAUGGAAGCUGUUAACAAAACAAGACAAGGACCUGUACAGGGAAGUGAUGGUACAGAACUAUGAAAUCAUGGUUUCAUUAGGGUACAACAUCUCCCCAAAUGUGUUAUCACUACUAUUAAAAAUGGAUGAAGAACUGCCAAAUGGUGAUGCGGAAGAGAAAAAUUCCACAGAACAGAAGAAUGAUCUUGAAGAUAAUCUCCACAGUACCCUAAGGACAGAUUGCGGAAUGAGUCACAGUCAGCAGUCAUUAGUUGGGAAACCCCAGUUGCAGCACCAAAGAAAGAAGCUUACGAACCAUUCUCAACCUUUGAGGAGUUACGACAAGCUUCAUUCCAGUCCUGUACCACAGGUUAAUUUGGGACAUAGCUGCAAUGAAAUUUCCAAAUGUGGUCAUGGAGAGCCUGAAUUAAAUUGCCUAACAGAGAAUCUGCAGCAGUGUGUUCAGGCAGUGAAGGACAAUGACAAACAUAAUCUUAUCUCUGCACAACAGGUUCACUCAGAGUGUACCAACAGCAAGAGCUCUGAAUCUGACACAAGAACUCACACAGAGAAGAAACUCUAUAAAUGUACAGAAUGCAGUAAAGACUUCAAAUAUCUCAGUAGGCUUAAAACUCACUAUGCCAUUCACACAGGGAAUAAACCCUAUAAAUGUGCAGAAUGUAGUAAAUGUUUCACAUUUCUUGGUAAUUUUCGAAAGCACCAAGCCAUUCACACAGGAGAAAAGCCAUAUAAAUGUGCUGAAUGUGAGAAGUGUUUUACACAGAAGGGACACCUAAUACACCAUCAGUACUCUCACACAGGGAACAAACCAUAUAAAUGUACUGAGUGCAGUAAGUGUUUCACGUAUCUCAGUAGCCUUCAACAGCAUCAUGCCAUUCAUACAGGACAAAAACCAUUUAAAUGUACUGAAUGCAGUAAAUGUUUCACACGCCUCAGGAAUCUCCGACAGCAUCUUACCAUUCACACAGGAAAUACACCCCAUAAGUGUGCUGAAUGUGGUAAGUGCUUCACGUAUCUUAACAGCCUUCAACAGCAUUAUGCUAUUCACACGGGUGAGAAACCUUAUAAAUGUGAUAAAUGCAAUAAAUGUUUCACAUUUCUCAGUAAUCUUCGACAGCAUUAUGUCAUUCACACAGGCGAAAAACCAUAUAAGUGUGCUGAGUGCAAUAAGUGCUUUACACAAAGGGGUCACUUAAAACACCAUCAGAGCUCUCACACAGGUACUAAACCAUAUAAAUGUACUGAAUGCACUAAGUGUUUCACACGUCUCAGUAAUCUUCAAAGGCAUUAUACCUUUCACACAGGUGAAAAACCACAUAAAUGUCCCGAAUGCAGUAAAUGUUUCCCACACCUCAAUGAUCUGCGCCAGCACAGUGUUGUUCAUGCUGGAGAGAAACCAUAUAAAUGUUCUGAAUGCAGUAAAUGUUUCACGCGUCUCAGUAGUCUUCGGCAGCAUCAGAUCCUCCACAUAGAAGUAACAAAAGUACUUAAAAAUACUACUGAUGCAUAUAACUCCAAAGACAACUUGAAAACAGCAUUAACGUCUCUGGAAUCAAAAGUGAAAGAGCUUAAAUAUUUGCAAAACAAGCAGGAGGAAGAAGACACUGAUAUACAACAAGUGGGUGUGUACCGGGCGAAAAUACAGAACAGUGGGCGUGUGGAAGAAAAAAACAAGAAAAGCACUUGCUUUGUGAUGGGCGAUUUGUCAUGGAAAACAACAGGCGCGAGAGCAACUUACACUUUAAAAUGGACUGCAGUACCGGUAAACGAUCACCGACUGCCAUGCAAGAGGAUUGCUCCCCCAUGCAAUUUUAAUUAUGUCCCUAAGAAACUAACCAAAGCUGUCUUUGAGCAUGCAGCUGAAACCCAGAUCAAAUUUGAAAUGGAAAUCUGUACUGCUGGUAGCCAAAAGAUUAACAAACUCAAACGCGACCAUCAAGAUUUUUUAACAGGCAAUAUAUUUGUCUGGCCGAGGCAUAAUGGGUCCUUACAAUCUGCUUCCACCAACGAGGAACGUGUUACGUCAUUGCGCAGGCGUGUGGAGCCACAGCGAGAUGAUUGUGAUAGAUUUGAACCAGAUCGGUCAAUAGCAGUGCAUGUAGAUUCGCCGAAGAGCACUACGAUCGAACCUGCUCCCCCUGUGGAGUCCAACAUGGGCAGUUCCUCACAUAGUGCGGCUGGAGAAUCUCUUGGUAAGAGCGACAACAUUAUGGGCGCAGCACAAAUUCGUUUAGGAGCAGAUAAACGAACUUCUUCCACCACCAUUGAACGCUCAUUUGAGCGUUCAACUGAACAUUCGAUACUGGAGGGGGAAGGGUCUUUACACAACAUUAGUGUGACAUCUUUUUCAGAUUCGGGAGCAAGGCCAAAAACCAUGAGAGGGCGACAGUGUUUUUUGGAACAAUUCCGGUUAAAUGAUGAAGAGAUUAGUGUUUUAAACAAAGGUUUAACCUUUGUUCCUGCGAAGACAAGUGUUUUUAAUGAAGUAGUCGCAGAUAUAGCACUGUUUUGUAGAAAUUUAGCUUUAAAAACUGUUUAUAAUAAUGUUUCAGGUAAAGAUUUAGGAAACCAAGCUAAUGUUUUAAGACAGCCUAGUACAUUUACACCACCUUUCUCACCAGCAUUGAAUAUGUUCUUAAAAAGCUGUGAGAAGGAUUUAGUACAGUAUUUUGGAAGUAAAGAACACAAUAAAUAUUACAAUCUUACUAGCCAACAACAAGUUGCAUUGAGGGGGUUAUGUAAAAACAAAAACAUAGUGAUUAAAACAGCCGAUAAAGGAGGGGCAGUGGUUGUCCUAGAUACGGCAUUCUAUAGUUCUAAGAUUAAGCAACUUUUAUCUGACAACAUGACUUACAUACCCAUUAACCCCAUAGCAGUUUAUAGGAUACCAGAAACCUUUGAGGAUGUUGUUAUCACUUUCACAGAAGAGGAGUGGAAGAUGUUAAAAAAACAAGAUAAGGAGCUGUACAGGGAAGUGAUGGUACAGAACUAUGAAACCAUGCUUUCAUUGGGAUACAAAAUCCCCCCGAUGACAUUAUUACUACUAUUAAAAGAAGACGAUGAAUUGACACAGAAUAUUUCAGAGGGAAAAAAUACCAUAGAACAGAAAGACAGUCCUGAAGGUACCAGAAGCACAGAAUGCAGUGCAAGUUGCAUUCAACAUUCGUCACUUGGGACAUCCCAGUUACUUUUCUCAGCAAAGAACUUGCAGCCAAAGGGCAACAACAAUAAGCUUCCUCUCCCUUCUAUUCCACAGCUGCAAUCAAAAAAUAACUGCGUCAAGAGCUCAGUGUGUGACACAAGUCAGAAAACUCCCACAGGGAAGAAACUUUAUAAAUGUACUGAAUGCAGCAAGUGUUUCAUUUAUCCCAGUGAUCUUCGAAGGCACCAUGCCCUUCACUCAGGAGAGAAACCAUAUAAAUGUGCUGAAUGUGGUAAAUGUUUUACACGAAAGUCACACUUGGAGUACCAUCAGAACUCUCAUACUGGGCUGAAACCAUAUAAGUGUACUGAAUGCAGUAAGUGUUUUGCACGAAAGGCAUACCUCGAGUAUCAUCAGUACUCUCACACACAGGUAAAACCAUAUAAAUGUACUGAAUGUGAUAAGUGUUUUGCACAAAAGUCACACCUAGAAUAUCAUCAAAACUCUCACAGAGGGGUGAAACCAUAUAAAUGUACUGAAUGCAACAAGUCUUUUGCAAAUCCCCAUGGACUUAAAAUACACCAUGCCACUCACACCGGAGUGAAACCAUAUAAAUGUACUGAAUGCAGUAUGUGUUUUAUUCAGAAGUCACAAUUAAACUACCAUAAGAACUCUCACACAGGGAUGAAACCAUAUAAAUGCAAUGAAUGCAGCAAGUGUUUCACACAUCAUAGUACCCUUCGAAAGCAUCGUGUCAUUCACACAGGAGAAAGACCGUAUAAAUGUACAGAAUGUGAUAAGUGUUUUACACAGCCUACUGGUCUUCGAAAGCAUUGUGUCGUUCACAAAGGAGAUGUGGGAAAAAAGAUGGCCAGAUAGUAGCAAUAGUAGUAAGACUAAAACAGCUAAUAAAAAAGAAUAUUCAAGUGUAUCUAAAUAUGUAACCAAUACAAGCAACUCCCUCUGAGCUACAGAAUGAUGCUUUUCUGACUGUACCUAAAUAUGCAACAAUACAGGCGACUCCCUCUGAACUACAGAAUGAUGCUGUUCUGACUGUACGUAAAUAUGCAACAAUACAAGCGACUCCCUCUGAGCUACAGAAUGAUGCUGUUCUGACUGUGUACGUAAAUAUGCAACAAUACAGGUGACUCCCUCUGAACUACAGAAUGAUGCUGUUCUGACUGUACGUAAAUAUGCAACAAUACAGGUGACUCCCUCUGAACUACAGAAUGAUGCUGUUCUGACUGUACGUAAAUAUGCAACAAUACAGGCGACUCCCUCUGAACUACAGAAUGAUGCUGUUCUGACUUUACCUAAAUAUGCAACAAUACAGGCGACUCCCUCUGAACUACAGAAUGAUGCUGUUCUGACUGUACGUAAAUAUGCAACAAUACAGGCGACUCCCUCUGAGCUACAGAAUGAUGCUGUUCUGACUGUACGUAAAUAUGCAACAAUACAGGCGACUCCCUCUGAACUACAGAAUGAUGCUGUUCUGAAUGCACUGCAGCUACUGAGAGCACCCUCAUGGCAAACAACAAAGACUAAAGCAAUGCUACUGUCACAAAUUUUAAUUGUACCCUGACUUAGGAAUAGGUUCCAUUCCUGCCGCAAUAUAAGAACAUGAAAAUCGAAGCAUCUGGACAUAUUAAAAGUGAGAAAAAUGUAUAAAUGCACUAAAUACAGUGUUUUAGGAGUAGAAGAGGCUUCCAGACCAUCAGGGCAUUCAUGCAGGGAGUGUCACAGUGCUUUUCAAAGCAUUGUAAAGUAACUAUUUGGAGAAUAAAAAAAAGGAACAAAGUGUAUAAAUGCACUUAAUGCUGCAAGUACUUUGUAUGAAAAACACACCUUAAGGACCAUGUGAACUCACUUAUGCAUUCUGAGGACAGACAUA